AUGCAGAGAGCCCGUGGCAUGAGAAUCUCUGCGCAAGCCCGUGAACACGCCGUGCGUGACGCGGUGCGCGCCGUGCAAGUGAUGCUCGGCGCAUCACCUCAUCAUGAUGAAGCCAAGCGGAUGCACGGCGUGCAUGAUGUGGUGCGCGCCGUGCAAGUGAUGCUCGGCGCAUCACCUCAUCAUGAUGAAGCCGAGCGGAUGCACGGCGUGCAUGAUGCGGUGCGCGCCGUGCAAGUGAUGCUCGGCGAAUCGAGCAUUCCUUGCUUCGCGCAUCCCCGUGAACACGCCGUGCGCAUGCUCGUCGCUAUUGCGGGGCAUGACCUCAUCACCUCGCUUCCCCCCAUUCCCCACCUCGCUUCCCCCCAUUCCCCACCUUGUUCCCCCCUGGUCCGCACCAUCCUCCCCCUUGUUCCCCACCUUCCUUCCCCCCAUUCCUCACCAUCCUUCAACCUCUUCCCCACCAUCCUUCCCUCACUUCCCCACCUUCCUUCCCCCUCUUCCCCACCAUCCUUUCCUCACUUCCCCACCUCUCUGCCAUCCCCUCUCUGUGCCCUCCCGUCCUUCCCUCUGCCCUCCAUUCCCUCACCCCGCCAUCCCCUCUCUCUGCCCUCCGUUCCUUCGCUCUGCCCUGCCAUUCCCCUCCUCUGCCAUCCCCUCUCUGUGCCCUCCCGUCCUUCCCUCUGCCCUCCAUUCCCUCACCCCGCCAUCCCCUCUCUCUGCCCUCCGUUCCUUCGCUCUGCCCUGCCAUUCCCCCUCUCUGCCAUCCCCUCUCUGUGCCCUCCCUUCCUUCCCUCUGCCCUCCAUUCCCUCACCCCGCCAUCCCCUCUCUCUGCCCUCCGUUCCUUCGCUCUGCCCUGCCAUUCCCCCUCUCUGCCAUCCCCUCUCUGUGCCCUCCCGUCCUUCCCUCUGCCCUCCAUUCCCUCACCCCGCCAUCCCCUCUCUCUGCCCUCCGUUCCUUCGCUCUGCCCUGCCAUUCCCCCUCUCUGCCAUCCCCUCUCUGUGCCCUCCCUUCCUUCCCUCUGCCCUCCAUUCCCUCACCCCACCAUCUCCUCUCAGUGCCCUCCGUUUCCUCCCUUUGGCCUCCAUUCCCUAUCUUGA